UAUUCUGGGUUCCCAAAGGCCUAGAUUGAGAUGUAGGAGCUGGCGCAAGCUCCGUACGCCUGCGCGCUUAAUGCCUUCCCAGCCAGCAUGGCGCCCGUGGAGCACGUUGUGGCAGACGCAGGGGCUUUCCUCCGGGACGCAGCUCUGCAGGACAUAGGGAAAAACAUCUACACCAUCCGGGAGGUGGUCAGCGAGAUUCGGGACAGGGCCACGCGCCGGCGCCUUGCCGUCCUGCCCUACGAGCUGCGGUUCAGGGAGCCGCUCCCCGAGUACGUGCGGCUAGUGACUGAGUUUUCAAAGAAAACUGGAGACUAUCCCAGCCUCUCUGCCACAGAUAUCCAGGUGCUGGCACUCACUUACCAGUUGGAAGCAGAGUUUGUUGGGGUGUCUCACCUAAAACAAGAACCAGAAAAGGUUAGAGUGAGCUCCUCCAUUCGGCACCCAGAAACUCCUCUGCACAUUUCUGGCUUCCACCUCCCCUCCAAGCAUAAACCUCCGCAAGAAACAGCAGAUUGUGGCACUCCAGCCACUGAGCCGGAGCACCCAGAAUUCAGUUCCUUCCUAUUCUGGAGGAACCCUCUGCCUAAUAUCGAUCACGAGCUACAGCAGCUGCUGAUUGACAGAGGAGAAGAGGAGGCGGAGGCGGAGGCGGACACAGAAGGUGAUGGUUCUGAAGAAAGUGAAGGCAAAGACAGUGACGAUGACGAGGGUGGCUGGAUAACCCCCAGCAACAUCAAGCAGAUCCAGCAGGAGCUGGAGAAGUGCCACAUCCCCAAGGACGUGCAGGUCGGCUGUGUGACUACAGACUUCGCCAUGCAGAACGUCCUGCUGCAGAUGGGGCUGCACGUGCUGGCGGUGAACGGCAUGCUGAUCCACGAGGCCCGGAGUUACAUCCUUCGCUGCCACGGCUGCUUCAAGACCACGUCUGACAUGAGCCGAGUGUUCUGCGCGCACUGUGGGAACAGGACGCUGAAGAAAGUGGCGGUGACCGUGAGCGAGGACGGCGCCCUGCACAUGCUCUUCUCCCGCAACCCCAAGGUGCUGAACCCACGAGGCCUCCGGUACUCGCUGCCCAUGCCGAAAGGGGGCAAAUAUGCCAUCAACCCCCACCUGACGGAGGACCAGCGCUUCCCGCAGCUGCGACUGUCCCACAAGGCCCGGCAGAAGACCAAUGUGUUUGCCCCCGACUACAUAGCCGGGGUGUCUCCCUUUGCAGAGAACGACAUCUCCAGCCGCUCGGCCACCCUGCAGGUCCACGACAGCACCUUGGGGGCCGGAAGGAGGCGCUUAAAUCCCAACGCUUCCAGAAAGAAGUUUGUGAAGAAAAGGUGAAGUGCAAGCUCCUGCAGGCAGCCUGGACUGCACUGCCGUGGCAAGGAGCCCUGGCGUCUCCUUCCCCAGCUGCGCCUUCUCCAGAACAUCUGGGUGGGAGCGACCAACAGGCGCGGCCUGCUGCAGUGCUCCUUAGCGACUCGCCGUGUCAGGUCGGGUGGCCCAGCUGGUCACUGGCCUGUGAGCGCACGGAGAGCCCGGACUCCUGCCACAGCCACAGGAGGGGAUGUGGUGGGAACGAGGAGCAGUGCUGACGACGGCGCCAAGCGGAGUGCUGCUCUCGGGGUGCUGCAAGCUCUGAAGCAUAAGCCGUAAGCCCAGGGGUCAAGUGUCCGGAUUUAUGAGUAUUUUGCAAUAAAACUAUGGACUGCCACUUC